CAGUUGUUUGUUAAAGCAAAAUGAUGACAUUGAUAGGCUUGAGAAGAAGACACGUCACCUUGGAUGUGACAUGGAAAUUUAUAUUGAUAACAAAAUAUCUAAUUAUGAUUUUGAAGUUACUCGUUUGCGAACCUUUUUAACAUUUGAUUCAAGAUAUUCUGAAAUCAGUAUUUCUAAGGAAGUAGUGCAGAAUCUGCUAUCGAUGUUGAAAUGUUUGAGAGUAUUAUCUUUUCGUGGCCUUCAUAUGACUGAGUUAUCUGAUUCAAUCGGUGAACUAAAACAUCUUCGCUAUUUAGAUAUUUCUGGCACCAAGAUUGUGAUGUUGCCCAAAUCUGUAACUAAAUUGUACAAUUUGCAAAUGUUGAAAUUAGAAGAUUGUGAUCAACUUGAAACUUUGCCUAAAGAUAUGCAUCAUCUCAUUAAUUUAAGACAACUCGCUGUUAGUGGAGGUAGCCUAGUUGAGAUGCCAAGCCAAAUAUGUAAAUUAAGAAAUCUCCAAAUGUUGACAACUUUUGUUGUGGGAAAGAAUAGUGGUGCUAAAAUAGAAGAGUUAGUAGAACUUCAAAGUCUACAUGGGGAGCUUUCCAUCAUGAAGUUAGAAAUGUGGUCAUUAUUACAAAAGCAUCAGAUCAAGUUAAUGUAUUGGAUAAGAAGCAACUUGAGAAAUUGUGUUUGGCAUGGAGUUUUAAUGAUGUUGUUGUUGAUCCAAAACAUGGAGAGGGUGUGCUCAAAAUCCUUUCACCAAACACAAUGUUAAAGCAACUCAAAAUUCUUAAUUACCCAGGCUCAAAAUUUCCGAAUUGGGUUGGGAAUGAUUCGUUUAGCAACAUUGUUGAAGUAAGGGUUGAUGAUUGUGAGCGUUGCUCCAUUUUACCACCCUUUGGGCAACUUCCUUUGCUAAAAGAUCUUUACAUUUCAGGAUUCAAUUCAGUAGUGAUGGUGGGAGCUGAGUUUUAUGGGAAUAGUUCUGUCAAGAAGCCAUUUUCAUCAUUGGAAACAUUGAGAUUUGAGAACAUGCCAUCAUGGGAGCAAUGGCAUUCAAUGCAAACUGAAGAGGCAACGACAUAUGGGAAGCUCAAAACACUUGAAAUUUUUAAUUGUCCGAAGCUUGUUGGAGAUUUGCCUCGCUUCUUUCCUUCAUUAGCGGAUAUUAGAAUUGAAGGACACAAGAAAUGUGAAUUAUUAAGUCUUCCUAGAUCAUGUAUCAGGAAAAUGAGUAGUCAUCACCUAGAGAAUUUGAUAAUGGAUGUUUCUUCCACUCUCCCUCCACUCUACCCUCCUCUUCAGAAGCUUCAAUUGUUGUCUUGCGGAUCAUCGUUUAGAUCCCUCCAUAUGGAUUUAUUCCCCAAUCUCAAAACUCUUUCAAUUGGUAACAACCACUAUUUUGAAGCUCUUUCAAUGUCUGAUGGGAAAUCUCUUGAGGAACUAACAUAUUUACUUAUCGAGCAUUGUGGUAGUUUUGUAUCAUUCCCAAAUGGUGGACUUAUUGCUCCCAAGCUGAGUGAGUUUGUCAUUAGAAAUUGCUCUAAAUUGAAGUGGUUGCCUAAGAAGAUGACUUCCCUCUCAGCUUUGAAUGAAUUUGAAGUCAUAGGUUGUCUGUUGAUGGAGCCUUUUCCUGAAGGUGAAGAUGAAGGUAAAGGUGGUCUGCCUGUUAGUUUGUCAAGACUUCGAAUAUCCUAUGAUGUAUUAUUGAAGAUGAAAUGGAAUUGGCAAACACUACCCCAUCUUACCAUUCUUCAUAUUCUUGGUAAUAAAGAAGAUAUGGAACCAUUUCCGGAGAAAGGGCUGCUGCCAACUACUAUUACCUCUCUUAGUAUUAUGUCAUUUGCGAAACUUAAAAUCCUGGACAAAAAUGGACUUAGACAACUCACCUCCUUGAAAACACUUGAGAUCUUGGACUGCCCUGAGUUGGAGACAUUGUCAGAAGAAGGGUUCCCAACCUCCCUCACCUCUUUGGAGAUAGAUGAUUGUCCUCUGGUGAAGAAAAAAUAUGACCCGGAGGAGAGUGGGAAUGAAGAGUACUGGACCAACAUUAGUCACAUACCCAAUGUCCAGUUUGGCCUAGACUUUACCGAAGACUCUUGUUUUUCGUCUGUUAUUCAAUCAAUGAAAGAAUUUAUAAAGAAUCAGAGACUAGUAUUGCAGAUGAUAGAGGAGAUUUCACAACCUGAAACAAGUAAUGUUCAUGUUGGAUUAUAAUUUGGUUGUUUUGGUAUUUGUGUCCUUAUGGGUAUUUUGUGUACUUAUAUUAUCUGGUUUUUCUUUAUUAUUUAUGAUGUUUGAGAUGUUUUCUUUAUAUCGUUGUUGUGUAAUUUGCUGUCAUAGCAGUAUGUAACCACGAUUUUCCUCGACCAUAAUUAGGCGAGGGCUAUGAAUAAACUUGGGAGGAGGUCACUCGUGGACAUGUGACCUUCAUCUCUUCCUAUGGUUUAAUUGCAGGCACGAGAUAGUUUUUUAUGUUUUAAUAACUCUCUACAUGUAAAGUAAAGGAACUGUGUUGUACUGUAUUUUAUUAUAAAUAAAAAUGCUAAGUUGUAUAGAGGAAUGUUUAAUCUUUUUAAGUCAUUGAUUA